AUGCUUAGAAAAAAAUAUAUUGAUUUUCCGGAAAUUGAAAAAGAGGUGAAGCGACUUCUAAGAACGGACAACGAAGUUAAGUACGUUCGCUAUGAGAUUGUCAAUGUAGAGGAUGAAAAGAACGAUAACAAGGACCUGAAUAUGACUUCCAGUUCAGGUGUUAUGAACUCUGAGUAUGACGUGGGGGAUCUUUUUGGCGAUGUCGUUAGUUCUAGCGAUGAUGACGACUCCGACGAUGGAAGUCGUUUAUCAGGCGGUUUUAAAAACUACCUGAAGGAUGAUGUUGACAGUAAAAUGAAUCAGAACUAUUCGUUUUCGCCAAUACACCAGCAAGCUUCGACUGGCGGCGCUUCCACAUCGGCAAUCGUUUCAAGCGAUCGCGAGGACAGUUUAAUGGAAAGCGAAGGCAUCGAAGCUGCCUCUAGUUUAGAGCAAGGCGUUGAAAAUGAAUCUAUACGUUUGAAAAUGGACGAACUCGAAAAGGAAAUUCGCAACAUUCAAGUUCAACGGUUACAGCAGCAAUUUGAACUGGACAACAUCGAGAAUAUUGCUCUCAAGCAGCGUUUCCAGGCAAUCAUUGACGAUCUACAGGCACAAGAACUUUCCAAAAGUAACGAACUUAAUGAUUUAAAAAACCGAUUAAUGAUGUGA